GCGAUGCUACCUGGAUCCUCGAGCUUGAGCUUCGGGAGUUCAUCGAGGUUUCGGACGUCUCCUUUGAGAAGGACGGUAGCAUGCAGAAGCGAUCCAUCCGAUGCCGGGACGAUUGGGCCUCUUGGCAGCUGGCUGACGAUGGGCGUCUUGCUGCGAUGAGAGCGGUGACUGUCAAGGAUGCCAGGGGAGUGCAGCUCUGUGCCGACGUAGCGAUCAGCUUCCGAGUUGGUGUCGGCGAGGUGUGCGAUGCCCUCGAGAGCGCAGCGUGUUC